AUGUUCCGCGCGCAGGCGAACCAGUUCGACGACGUAGUCGUGCGAGCUACGGACGAGAACCUCACGAGCGAGAACUGGGAAUUCAUACUCGAUGUUUGCGACAAAGUUGGCGCCAGCGAUAGCGGGGCGAAGGACGUCGUUGCUGCCUUAAUCAAGCGCCUGGCGCAUCGCAACGCCAAUGUCCAGCUCUACACCCUUGAGCUGGCGAACGCAUUGUCGCAGAACUGCGGCUUGAAGAUUCACAAGGAGCUGGCCUCGCGGAGCUUUACCGAUGCCCUGCUACGCUUGGCAAACGACCGGAACACGCACCAGCAGGUCAAGGCGAAGAUCCUGGAGCGGAUGGGCGAGUGGACGGAGAUGUUCUCCAAGGACGCUGACCUUGGCAUCAUGGAGCAGGCCUACAUGAGGCUCAAGACACAAAACCCGAACCUACGACCUCCGUCGAAGCCUCAGAAGACCCAGAUCACCGAUGCCGACCGCCAGAAAGAGGAGGACGAGCUACAGAUGGCUCUGGCCCUUUCCAUCAAGGAAAACGGAACUCAGCCGUCCGCCGCCAGGUCCAACCAGCCGCAAGCAAACACACAACAACAGCCUGCCCAGGAACAAGAGCAGCACCAACCUAUUGCAUCUGGAACCACAGCAGCGACCGUUUCCCGCGUUCGUGCUCUCUACGACUUCACGCCCUCGGAACCCGGCGAGUUGGCCUUCCGCAAGGGUGACAUUAUUGCGGUGCUCGAGUCUGUGUACAAGGAUUGGUGGAAGGGCUCGCUGCGGGGACAGACUGGCAUCUUUCCCCUCAACUAUGUCGAGAAGCUGCAGGACCCGACCAAGGAGGAGCUGGAGAGGGAAGCUCAGAUGGAAGCAGAGGUCUUUGCCGAGAUCAAGAACGUGGAGAAGCUGUUGGCCUUGUUGAGCACUAGUUCGAGUGCUGAUGCGAGGGAAAAUGAGGAGAUCACUUCGCUGUACCACAAGACUGUGUCGAUACGGCCGAAGUUGAUCGAGCUCAUUGGCAAGUACUCGCAGAAGAAGGACGACUUCACGCAGUUGAACGAGAAGUUCAUCAAGGCACGCCGCGAUUACGAGUCCCUCCUUGAGGCUUCUAUGUCGCAAGCAGCACAGCCCGGUUACGGUCGCCAACCUUAUGGCUACGGCGCAGGCGCACCGCCGCCUCAGAGCACUCCAUACGGAGGCUACCCUCCGCAAGGACCUCCUCAGGAUCGGUAUUACUCACCCGUUCCAGCAGCAGAGCAAGGUUACGGAUAUCCUCCUCAGAACGGACCCCAGCCCUUUACGAUGGCCCCUCCCGGACAAGCACCUCCUUCCGCACAGAUGACUAGCCCCAAGCCAGCCAAUGGCGACCUCUCCUACGUGCCGCAGCGCGUGCCUGUGGGUGGACGACCACAAUCCAUGGCCUUCCCCCAGGAAAUGGCUGCCAACAGUCCUGUCGACUCCAGGCCGCCUCCCCAGCAGGGCUAUGCCGCCUAUCCUCCCCAACCCAGCCAAGCCCCUCCCGGCAUCCCUACAGACCAGGCUCCCGCAUCAGGCUACCCGCCCCAGCCCCAGCCUAACCGCCAAUCCUCGUACGACUCGCCAUCUUCAGCCUACCCGGGCCAGCCUCCGCAGGGACCGUCCGACCCGUACGCCCAACAAGCGCCGCAGCCCCAGCACCAGCACCAGCAGUCGGUGCCUGGCGCGUACCCUCCUUCUGGUAACACGCCGCCGCCGGGCCAGAGCCCGUACAUGGCCUUCAACCAGAGCACGAUGACGCUGCCGCCGGCUGGUACUGCUCCCGGUGGACCCCCCUCAGCAGGCGCUGGCGGCUACCAGGCGUACAACCCGAACGCCGGCGCGCCUGCGCAAAGGUGGGGACAGCAGCCAGCAGCCAUGGCAGGUGGAGGAGUGCGGGAUGAUGCGGAUGGGUUUUAUCGUUAA